UUUUUUCUUAUGAAAUUUGAGCUGAUACCCAUCAUUGGUUGAAUUGAAGCGCUACAAGUUUCUGUUCCUAUGAGUAAUUCAAGGAGAAUUUUGAGUUGAGGCGCGUUUGUUCUUGUUGUGGGAGUGAAAAUGGGGAGCCAAGGAGGAAAAGGGUUUGAGACCCACCAUCAAAGAAAGCGGAGGAGGAGGAAAAAAAAAGGGGGAGGCGUCUGGUUGAAGCUGCCAAAAUUAAAAUUAGUAAUAAUUGCUCUCUUGUUUUGUGGGUUUUUGCCUUGAAUUUCUUUUACUAUCGUCUCCUUCUGCGAUUUCCCCCACCCACAUUCCACAACCCAUUCAUUUUCCUUGCUUCUUCCACGAUUAAAAAUAAAAAACAGCGUUAUAAAGAGAACAAAAGGGGAUUCUCACCUCUUAAGCCCCCAAUUUCUUCUCUCUUAGGCCAAAUCUUUGUUUGUUCUGUUUUCUGAAGAACAUUUCUGGGGGUUUCUUUAUGUUCUUGUUCUUGUUCUUCCAUUGCCGGCCAUGACUGAGGUUGUUCUUCAUUCCCCUUCUCAUUUUGCUUCAUCUCGUAGAAGGGUUUCUUCUUCUUCUUCUUCUCCAAUCUCUCCGAAUGAUGGAUCUCUUCUUAUGAACAUGCAUUCUCAAACACCCACUUCGCCGUCUUCCUCAUCUUGUUCUGUAGAGGGCGAUCGGGAUGUUUCUGUGAUGAACUGUGAAGGGGAGGAGGUGGGGAAGGAUCGAUUUAAGCAAAGAAGAGAUCAGCUCUCGUUGUUGGCUUUAGUUGUGACCCUUUUCAGGAAAUCUUUGAUUACUUGCAAGAGGGAUAGAACCGAGCUAUGUGCAAUGGAGAUCGGUUGGCCGACUAAUGUCCGCCAUGUUACGCAUGUAACUUUUGAUAGGUUUAAUGGGUUCUUGGGUUUGCCUGUUGAGUUUGAACCAGAAGUUCCUCGCAGGGCUCCUAGUGCUAGUACGACUGUGUUUGGAGUUUCCACGGAAUCUAUGCAAUUGUCGUAUGACUCGAGAGGGAACAGUGUUCCAACGAUUCUAAUACUAAUGCAACACUGUCUGUAUGCUCAAGGUGGCUUGCAGGCUGAAGGUAUUUUCAGAAUUAAUGCGGAAAACAGUCAAGAGGAGUAUGUACGUAAUCAAUUGAAUCAAGGCGUGGUACCGGAAGACAUUGAUGUACAUUGUUUAGCUGGCCUUAUCAAGGCUUGGUUCAGAGAACUCCCAGCUGGGAUUUUGGAUUCUCUAUCGUCCGAGCGCGUCAUGCAGUGUGAGACAGAAGAAGAAUGUGCUGAGCUGAUAAGGCAUCUGCCUCUUAGUGAAGCUUCUCUGUUGGAUUGGGCAAUCAACCUAAUGGCAGAUGUUGUCCAGCAGGAACAUUUCAACAAGAUGAAUGCUCGCAACAUCGCUAUGGUUUUUGCACCAAAUAUGACUCAGAUGGCCGACCCGUUGAAUGCACUGAUGUAUGCUGUCCAAGUAAUGAACUUUCUCAGGAUGCUUAUCGUUAGGACACUGCGGGGAAGGGAAGACUCCAUUCUUGACUCUGCUGCUACACGUUUAGAGCCAUCGGACGAGAGUGGACACCAGAGUCCUUCACAGCCUUACCUCGGAAAUACUGUCACCGUAUUUCAGGCGUCAGAGCAGGACGUGCCUGAUUUUCUUUCAGCACCACCUGUUAUAGAAGCUUACUCCGACUGCAAUGAAGGCGCACAGCUAAGCCAUGUUAAGAAACUGCUGCUUAAUGGGUAUGGAGAUUUCCUGAAUGCCCACGAAGACAAAGAAACAGUUGAAGGCAAUGAUUUAAAGGCAGAAGAAGUUUUAUGCCACACUGAAAAGAACAAGACUGAUCAAACAAAUGAUUCAGCACUGAAAAGGGAAACUAACAAACUAAAUAACCAGAACUCUGUAUUUCGAAUCCUGGCACCGGUACCAGUAGAGAAGCGGCUCAGCAACCUGAGUUGUAUAAACUCAUGGACCGAGCGAAUUGAAGCAUGGCGAUAGAUAGGUAAAGCUGUUAACAAAGCUUGAUGUGCCUAUAUAGAUACUGUUAAAAGCUUGUUGAAUGAAGAUGCUGACCUAACCCAUAUGAGGUUGCUAAUUUUCAGUUGUGUUUCAUUAAUUGGUUUUGCGACUGCGCUUCACUAUGGAUAGCGUUAGCAUAGCACAAUAUGAUACCCACUGGGUGGUUUUGUGUAUCCUUCUUGUUUUCCUCUGAGUAUCAUUGGCACAAGAAUUGCCUCUUCUCAGUUAUGUAAUGAGUAAAUAAUCAGUUCUAAGCGUCUAUGAAUUGAAUUCUGGAAGCACAAUGAUGUAUUAGUUUAA